GUGCGAAGUUUUCCAGCGACCCUGUCACUUCGACAUCAUGGCGUAGCGAUGUGGACGGGCGGUGGGGUCGUACUGGUGGGCACGGAGAAGUUCAGAAACCAACUUUUGUGGAUUUUUCGCAGGAAAACCCGAGGACACGACACGGUGGGAGUCUUCGAGCUGAGUUUGGGUUUAUUAGUGACUGAAGAUGAUGUCUGAUGCCAGCGACAUGUUGGCCGCUGCUCUUGAGCAGAUGGAUGGAAUUAUAGCAGGUUCCAAAGCUGUGGACUACUCCAAUGGUUUGUUUGACUGCCAGUCGCCUACAUCCCCUUUCAUGGGUAGUUUGCGGGCGCUUCACCUUUUGGAAGACCUGAGGAGUGUCCUGGAAUUGAUGGACUCAGAGGAAAGGGAGAGUCUACGAUGCCAGAUCCCUGACUCCACAGCUGACAGUCUGGUCGAGUGGCUUCAUGGUCACAUGUCUAACGGCCACAUCUCAUUGGGUGGAGGUGAUCACUACCAGGAGAGGCUUUCACGACUAGAGAGUGAUAAGGAGUCUCUGGUGCUUCAGGUCAGUGUUCUGACCGACCAGGUGGAGGCUCAGGGAGAGAAGAUUCGGGAUCUGGACUUGUGUUUGGAUGAGCACAGGGAGAAACUCAAUGCCACUGAGGAGAUGCUGCAACAGGAGCUUCUGUGUAGAACUGCUCUGGAGACUCAGAAGCUCGAUCUGAUGUCUGAAGUGUCCAACCUCAAGCUGAAGCUGAACACCAUGGAGAAGGAGCGACAUGAUUUUAACAGAUUUAGGGACAGCGAGGAUUUGAUUCUUGAAAUCAAUGAGCUGCGGUACAGACUGACUGAACUGGAGAGUGAAAAACUGCAGUAUGAAAAGAAACUUAAAUCGACAAAGUCAUUAAUGGCCAAGCUUUCUAGCCUGAAAAUCAAAAUGGGCCAGAUGCAGUAUGAGAAACAGAGGAAAGAGCACAAACUCCAGGCAAUGAAGGAGGAACUAGCCAUACUGAGGAGGCAGCUGGAGGGCAAAGAUGGAGAGAUGAGGAGACUACAGGAUGAGACAGGCUUCAAGGCCAUUGGCUCGAACGGUGCAGAGCCCACAGACAGAGUUUCUCAUCCAGAUGAAACUCUUAGAAAGAGGCUGAAAGAAAAACAUGUGGAAGUCCAGAGAAUGAAGAAGGCAGUGGAGUCUUUGAUGGCAGCAAAUGAAGAAAAGGAUCGUAAGAUUGAGGAACUGAAGCAGUCACUUCUGCGCUACAAGAAAGUUCAAGAUAUGGUGAUGUCGGUGCAGGGAAAGAAAGAGAAGACGAAGGAUAACGAGCAUGUUGACGGUCCUGGUGAUGGAUCCAUUCCAGUCCCAGCCAUCACACCAUUUGUGGAGUCAGAAAAUCAAGAAGUCACAGAUGUUGAACAACUGAGAAGGAAGAGCCCAGAUGAGCUGGAGAGCCCCAGUGGACUAAGUGACGAGCCCUCGCCUACGCCCAGCCCCUCUGACCGAGAGAGAGAGUCAGAGUCUGCACCAGCAGAUGUAGAAAGCAGUCAAGAUGACACAAAGACUGUGAGCCAGGAAAACCUUGAUGGGAGCAAAAAUGAGAAGAAAACAAGUGAGGAGAUCAGUAAGCUCAGUGAAAAGCCACCCAUGAAUCCUUCUGCCACCUUACCAGCCACCAUAGACGACGAUGCCUUUGGCUCAAGAAAGGCUCGUUCGUCUUUUGGAAAGGGUUUCUUCAAGAUCCGUGGAGGCAAGAAGACAGCUGGUAGCCCAAACCUUGACCGCAGCAGGAGUGCGAGUGCGCCUAUGCUAGCUGAAACAGAGCGACAGGGUACUGACCAUCUCGAUCUGGCUGUACUGCCACAGAGGUCAACUAACAGCGACAGCACGCACACACUCCCCACAACCCCAGAAAGCAGGAAAAAAUCCAAAGGAAUAAAGAAGCUCUUUGGGAAGUUAAAAAGGAGCCAGUCUACCACAUUUAACUUGGAUGACAAUCUACCAGAGGGUGAGUUCAAGCGAGGAGGAGUGCGUGCCACAGCAGGCCCCAGACUGGGUUGGUCUCGUGACCUUCAAAGAGUCAACAAUGAUGUAGAUGCUCCCUUUGCACGGUGGUCAAAGGAUCAGGUGUGCGACUGGCUGCAAGAGCAGGGGCUUGGACUUUAUGUGAACAUGGCUCGUGUGUGGAUCUCCUCUGGACAGACCCUGCUACAGGCCUCGCAGCAGGACCUGGAGAGGGAGCUGGGCAUCAAACACCCGCUGCACAGAAAGAAGCUCCAGCUGGCUCUGCAGGCCCUCGGCUCGGAGGAGGAGGACAAUAAGGGAAAGCUGGACUACAACUGGGUGACAAGAUGGUUGGAUGAUAUCGGCCUCCCUCAGUAUAAGACCCAGUUUGAUGAGGGAAGAGUCGACGGUCGCAUGCUACACUACAUGACAGUGGAUGACCUGCUUUCCCUGAAGGUGGGCAGCGUGCUACAUCACCUCAGUAUCAAGAGAGCUAUUCAAGUUCUCCGACUCAACAACUACGAGCCCAACUGCCUACGUCGUCGACCAUCAGAUGAGAGCAAUAUUUCACCAGCAGAGAUUUCCCAGUGGACCAACCACAGGGUGAUGGAAUGGCUGAGGUCUGUGGAUCUUGCUGAAUAUGCUCCUAACCUGAGAGGCAGCGGCGUUCAUGGGGGCCUAAUGGUUCUGGAGCCACGAUUCAAUGUGGAGACAAUGGCUUUGCUGCUAAAUAUCCCCCCCAACAAGACUCUGCUUCGUCGUCACCUUGCCACACAUUUCAACCUGCUCAUUGGCUCAGAGGCCCAGCAGCUCAAACAGGAGUGUCUCGAAAACCCAGACUACAUUUUGCUUACUGCCACCACUAAGGUCAAGCCAAAGAAACUGUCAUUCAGUAACUUUGGCAGCCUGAAGAAGAAAAAGCAGGAUGAGAACGAGGAGUACGUGUGCCCAAUGGACGUGGAGAUGCCAAAGGGUCGAAGCUUCCAGAAAGGUUUCGAGCUCCAAAUCUAUGAAGAUGACCUUGACCGGCUAGAACAGAUGGAGGACUCUGAGGGAACUGUGAGACAGAUUGGAGCUUUCUCUGAGGGCAUUCAGAAUCUGACGAGCAUGCUGAAAGAUGAUGAAUUCUUCAAAGAGAUUUCCAAUUCGCCGAACCCCAGCGUAACCGAUGAGGAGUCCAACGCGUGAGAUUUUCAGCAUCAGACCUGGUCCUGCUGUGAAUGAAACUCUGUGCCAACAAUCUCCACUUGCACACACUUGUCUCAAAAAACCCCAAGAAUGCUCCCACAUUUGCCACAUUUUUAGUGUUACAUUCAAACAAGAGCCAAAAGUAUUGGUGUCGUGUCUUGUUGUUUUUUAAAUGUUAAAGCCUACAGGCCAGAGGCCACUUUCACUCCUGAACUUUGUCUCAUUACUGUCGUCUGAUGUCAGAGGGAACAUUUAGGACAACACCACUGUUUGCUUGCCAGCUGGUUUCUGGAGAUAUUUUUAUUGUGUUACAUAGAGACACCUCUCCGUUUAACACAGAAGUGAAAACCAGCAAAAAAACAAACAAAAAAAAAAACUCUA